CUGACAGGUCCUAUCUGCAAACCAAUGACUACUGGAGAGGCCAGUUCUAAGGUGUGUGUGCAGCCAGUGAAUACUCUGAAACGGACAACCUUAUGUUAUGUCAAAGGUCGUAUCUGCAAACCAAUGACUACUGGAGAGGCCAGUUCUAAGGUGUGUGUGCAGCCAGUGAAUACUCUGAAACGGACAACCUUAUGUUAUGUCAAAGCCUCUUAUCUUCUACAUUUACAUCUACAUUCACAUUUUGGUCAUUUAGCAGACGCUCUUGUCCAGAGCCACUCACAGUUGGUGCAUUCAACUAAGGUAAGACGACCACCAACUAACCAAACAGUGAAUUUAUAAGCAUACUCUAUGUAUCUAAAUAAUAGUGUUAAAUGUCUUACUUCAAACUUACUCCUUAUUUAGCAGUUCAGAGCCCCAAGACGAGAGGAUGGGGAAUGAGAGCAAUACAUCUUGCGACAACAUAGAUGACAAUGUCAUACCUAAAUCAUACAGAUAUGCAUUGCUGUCAAUAUACACUAUUGUGCUUAUUGGAGGGAUCAUCAGCAUGUCCCUUAUGAUCAACAACAUCAAGUCCAACGUCUGCUCGGUGACCACCACAGCCGUCUUGAACCUGAUCAUGGUCCACAUUCUCUUUCUCCUGACCGUGCCCUUCCGCCUCUACUUCUACGCGGCCGGCGAGUGGCAUCUCGGUCCUAACUUCUGCAAGGUGGUCAGUGCCAUGAUCCUCGCCCACAUGUACCUAGCCUUCAUCUUCUACGUGAUAAUUCUGGUGAUCCGCUAUCUCGACUUCUUCAGGAGUUCUAAGCAGGUGUUCUACCGGAGGCUACAUGCCCUAGGGGCCAGUGCUGCUGUCUGGGGCCUCAUUCUCAUUGUGGUGGUCCCUUUAACUGCUGUGAAAUAUGGAUCAUCUACAGAAAGUGACACAACCACCAGUGACAAUCAGUGCUUUAACUUUGGAGCGAUUUUUGAUGAGAAGCAUGCUGUGGCUGUGCUGAACUACAUCCUCAGUGCUCUCAUCAUCAUACUUACAUUAGCUCUGGCCUGUUGUCAGAUGUGUAUUCUGUGGUGUGUGUACCGGACUCACAGGGCGAUGAUCUUCUCGCAACAGGAGUUUUGGGCUCAGAUCAAAAGUAUUUUCUUUAUGCUGACCAUUAUAGUAUGCUUUGUUCCAUACAAUGCAUUCAGGAUUUACUAUGUGAGUCAUUUUAAUGCCAAUCUCCAGGUAAAGAAUGAGAUUGCCCUCGCUGUCACAACAUUCAGCUGUUUUGACAUGCUGACUUUUAUAGGGAGAGGGUCAUUCAGACCCUGUGAUACAAUAUGCUGUGUACCAUGAUUAUCAAUACUGAUUAUUGAGUCAAAUAUUAUUCUAUUUGCACCUUAUUUGCACCAUGUUAACCAAAUGUACAAAACUACAGUGCACAAAACAUUAGGAACCCCUCUUUCCAUGACAUAGACUGACCAGGUGAAUCCAGGUGAAAGCUAUGAUCCCUUAUUGAUGUCACCUGUUAAAUCCACUUCAAUCAGUGUAGAUGAAGGGGAGGAGACAGGUUAAAGAAAUAUGUUCAAGCCUU